AUGGCGGAAUUCGUACGAGCACAAAUCUUCGGCACGACCUUCGAGAUCACCUCAAGGUACUCGGAUCUCCAACCGGUCGGCAUGGGCGCGUUUGGUCUGGUCUGCUCUGCAAAGGACAACCUGACUGGCCAAAAUGUUGCGGUUAAGAAGAUCAUGAAGCCGUUCAGCACCCCUGUCCUAUCAAAGAGAACCUACCGAGAAUUGAAGCUCCUAAAGCACCUCAAGCAUGAGAAUGUUAUCUCCCUCAGUGAUAUCUUCAUUUCGCCGCUCGAGGAUAUCUAUUUCGUCACCGAGCUCCUAGGAACCGAUUUGCACCGACUCCUCACCUCCAGACCUCUCGAGAAGCAAUUCAUCCAAUACUUCCUGUACCAGAUCUUAAGGGGACUCAAGUAUGUCCACUCCGCAGGUGUUGUCCAUCGCGAUCUCAAGCCCAGCAACAUCCUGGUCAACGAGAAUUGCGAUUUGAAGAUCUGCGACUUCGGUUUGGCCCGUAUCCAAGAUCCCCAGAUGACCGGCUAUGUCUCGACGAGAUACUACAGAGCCCCGGAGAUCAUGCUCACAUGGCAAAAAUACGACGUCGAGGUUGAUAUCUGGAGCGCCGGAUGUAUUUUCGCGGAGAUGUUGGAGGGCAAGCCUCUUUUCCCUGGAAAGGACCACGUCAACCAGUUUUCGAUCAUCACCGAGCUUCUGGGAACGCCACCAGAUGAUGUUAUCCACACAAUUGCCAGUGAGAACACCCUGAGAUUCGUUCAGUCUCUUCCCAAGCGUGAGCGACAACCAUUAAAGGACAAGUUCCGCAACGCGGAUCCAGCUGCCAUUGAUCUCCUCGAGGACAUGCUUGUAUUUGAUCCCAAGAAGCGAGUAAAGGCCACCGACGCCCUGGCACACGAAUAUCUCUCCCCAUACCACGACCCUACGGACGAGCCAUCAGCAGAAGAGAAGUUCGACUGGUCUUUCAAUGACGCGGACCUUCCAGUUGAUACCUGGAAAAUCAUGAUGUACGAGCAACUUUAUGAAUACCAAGAUGAGACGUCCUAG